GAGCGAGAGCGAGAGCGAGAGCGAGAGAGAGAGAGAGAGAGACAGGAUACAGCAUGUUCUCUUAAACGCUGGUAGGGAAUAAACAAGCGCUGCCCAUUCUUACACAUCAUUAGUCACUGUAUUACAGUUCACAGCCUUGGUAAUGAAGAAUACUUUGAUGGACCUGAUUAGUGGGUAGUGCCUGCGCUAAAUACAGAAAUUGUGUAUGUGUACCAAUGAUGGUGUGUCCAAACAACAUAAAGAUUUACAAACAAUAGACACAGAUAUCACAAUAUGUAAACGAAAACUAAAACGUUAACAAUAAUGAAAGGAAACCAAACUGCAGCAUUCCGUGUAAAAAACAAAAAACAUCUCCCUCCAUUUCCGCCUGGCAAGCAGACCAUAAAACCAAGAGACGCAGCAUCUCUCUCCAUUCCCCCCCAUCUUCCUGCCUAAUUAUCAAUGUGAGAAUCUCCCAAGGAAUACUCCCGAUCACGCUGUUCCCGUGUGGCGCUUGAGGAGACGGGAGAGCGAAUCGUCCACCCACUUGCACGACUCCGGACGCAGUGCCACAGGAUGAACAGCAGUAACCAGACACCAGCUGCCUGCGAGGUGGAUGCCUUCAUUGCGGGGUGGAAAACGGGCGCGCUGGCGGUGGAGGUUCUCACGUCUGCCCUCGGCGUCGUAGGCAGUGGACUGAGCUUGUGGUGUCUGAUGAACUGCAGGAGGAUCCAGGGGGGGAUGAAGCUCCAGUUGUUCUUGUUCUUCUCGCUCUUGCUCUUGACCAACUCUGUGGCGAUGCCGGGGGCCGCUGUGGCCGAGCUGUGGGCUGUACAGUGUCGCCAAGCCUCAGCCGUGGUGAGCUUUGGCCUCAUCGCCUUCUACACCAUCGCAGCCACCAUGGAGCGGAACGCCUUCGCUCUGAUGGCAGGUUAUAGAUUGGUAGCCGUGUGUUGGCCGCAUAAGUACAAGAUGCUGUCUCUACGGCUCGUAGUGGCUCUGCUGAACGGCUUUGUUCUUGGGGGAGUCGUGAUCCUGUGGCUGGUGGUGUUCGCGGAACAGGACCUCGACGAUCUUGACGUGAACAACCCCAGCGGGUACAAGAUGGGCCGCGAGCUGUACAUCGCGAUUCUGUUCACGCCGAUGGUCGCCGCGCUCAUCGCCUACGUCACCGUGAUUGUAGUUAUAACCUUCCGGAAGCAGUUCGCGGGCGAGCUGGAGCGAGGCCGCCCCAGCAUGAGGGAGCAGGUGUCCUUCGCUGUGGGUAUCCUCAUCAUCACCAACCUGCUGCUGGACUUGCCCCACAUGGUCGUGCACCUCAUGGGCAUUCCUUCGCGGGCCCUUUCCUUCAUCCUCAUCCACGUAAUCUACCGGCUCCAUUUGGCCCUCGACCCAUUCAUCUUCAUAGGGGCCAACUUGCACUACCGGCGGAAGGUCCUGUUGCUCGCGAUCCCCCGUUGUUCCCUCCCGAAGGCGUCAACCACGGGCGCCUCCAGUAUCGGCAAGACUACCGCCGGGAGCGUAGCCAGGCCGGCCUCAACGCACACCGUGUACGACGCCGGAAGCCCCGUCUGAGGGUACCUUUGUGAGGGGUUUGGAAUGUUAAUUUUUGUGUGUAUUCAUUGAUAUUACAUUACAUGAUUUUCCUCUCACAACUUAUGCAUAGGUAAGUUCCGUGUGCUGUAUCACUGUUCAUUUUUUAAAGUUAUAGUUACAAUCUCCUGCUCGAAACUAUAACGAGCCGAAUGAGUAACAACUUACAAAGUGCUAUUAAUAAACUAAAUAAACAACUCAAACUAUCCAUACCUAUAAUCCUUU